AUUGGAAAAAAAUGUAAAAUUUUGAAAAAACAAAAAACAAUAAAAUCUCAUUUGUCGCCAAUAUCAUUUCCCACUGAGAAUAAAAAGAUAAUGAGUUCGUGGUAAUAUAUCGGAUGCAAGAGUUGGAUCGAGGAGGGAGAGAUCUGAAAAGCAUUUUAGUUUCAAAAAUUAUUCCGGGAAACGGAAAAUGGCUAUCAAUCCUUCUCUCCGACCCGAAAUCGGACCGGAUGGCCUCGCUCGUGAAGCCCCCGUCAUUGCCUACACCGAAAAGAUAAUUGAGGAAGAGCAGCUUCAAUUAAAGAAGUACAUUGAAGAAAAUUAUUCUAAAAUUCGUGAUGUGGAAAGAGAGCUAGCAAAUCUUAACUUGGAGAUGAAACUCACUGCUGGGCCCAAAAAAGCAGCGCUUGAACACUUGAGAAAGAAAAUAGAAAUCUCAACAGAGAGAGUUCGUGUUGCCAAGCUGAAGGAAGACCAAGCACGAAAGGUGUGGGAAGAAGCAUCAAAGGCUGUGCAGGAUGAGGAAGCAAUUAAGCAGAAGCUAUGUGAAGACCUUAGCCAGUUGGUUCAAGAAAGCAGUAGCAUACAGUUCUCUAGGCUGGAGGAAUUAAAACGAAGACUAGAGGCCUUGAACCCAAGUAGAGCAUCCACGUCUGUUCCUCUUGAUGGGAAACCAGCAGGACCUCCCCAGAAUAGCGCAGUCGCAAAUGCGGCAGUUCCUCAAACAACAGAACCAGGUGCUGGAGGAAAUGUUGCUGUAUCGAAUGGGCAAAAUCAACAGCCUUCUGUUGAGGGAGAAGGAAGAGGCAAGAAGAAAACUCAGUUCCAAGGAAGAGGAAAGGGAAUUGGGGCUGUGCCUAAGGGUAGAGGACCUCCCGCACCUGGUUGGACUGGUGCUGGGUUUGAUGUGGAUGGUAGUAGAGCCUAGGAGCACCACUCCAUGCAGAUUCUUUGCUAGAGCCAUAGGACAGGGAUCGCCACUGUUGCUGGACUACUCGUCAUUCUUUGGUUGAUGUUUUACCUUCCAUGUAAUUCUUGUUGUUGUCUACAUGAGCUUGUUGAUAAGAAAAUGUAAUCUGAAAUUUCUGACUUCUCAUGGACACUUGAAAGUUGAAUCUCAUGUCACUAACAUAGUAUUUCAAGCAAGAAUUAAUAACAUCGUUUGCAAUGGUUCUGAUCAUCAUCAUGACCAAAUUCUCUUGA